CCGGUGUGUGGAGGCACCGCCCCGCUGCUCCUUGGUCUGUUCCCCAGGCGACGGGCGGUAACCGCGCUCCAUCCAGCGCUAACGGGCGAGCUGUGCUUCUACCGUCUACCCCAUGAUGGAAAGCCGUCGGUCCGUGCUGGAGCUGGGCCUGCUGUGCCAGGCAGCCUUAGGGAGCGACCGCAGCGCGUCCCGGCAGGACGAGCAGCUCGGGGAACUGUCGAGGGAGGCGGCCCGGCUGUGUGCGGGGCUCAGUCAUACAUCUGGUAACAAAAGGCAAUCCCGUUCUUUGAUUGACCUCACCUCGGACAGUACCUGGGAUCAACAAAAACCUCACUUGUUUCCUAAACCCCGCUUGAGGCCAAAAAGUGCUUCAUCUCCCUGGAUUCCUUCCAUCACUAUCCCUCAGCCCUUCAAAAUGACACUGCGGGAAGCUCGCAAAAAAUCCCAGCUGAUGAAGUCAAACAUGUUUCUUGAACUAGACAAAUUGAGAGACAAAAGGCAAAGCCAGGAUGAAGUUGAAUGUCAAAAACAGUUCCGGGCACAGCCUGUACCUGCCCACGUGUUUCUUCCCCUUUAUCAUGAAAUAAUGGAACAGAAUGAGGUUCGCAGGCAAAUAGCAACACAGAAAAGAAAGGAGCAGCUACUUUCCACUCAGAGACCCUUCAGUUUCCUGGAAAAGGAGGAGAAAAAGAAGGAAGCUAUCAGACAAAAGUUCUUAACAGCAGCAGCCCCAAAUGAGAGCUCCAAACUGAAGAAAGUCAAUAGAAAAGUUCCUAGAUCAACUAAUGACACACUUCUUGGAGAUAAACUCGAAGAAGCUGAACUCUACAGAGAAAUCCGCAUUCAGAUGAGAGCCAAGGAUUUGCUGGAGAGCUCUGUAGCUCCAAUAGAUACUAGUAACUGUCGGAGGGAUCCUCAGUCCCGAACUGCCACCAAAACUAAGCAGGAAAGACUUGGCUUCUUGCAGGACAGAAGCUUCAGCUUCAAGCCAAGGAUUAAUCCAACAGUACCAGAUUUUGAAGAACUUUACUGGGCAUUUCAGAGGGAAGCAGUAAGAAGACAAGAAAUCAAAGAGGCAACACGAAUUAAGCCAUUCAAAUUACGAACCUCUAAUCUCCGUGGCAGGCAGAGAGAAGCUAAUGAAAAGAUAAAGGAUUCUCAGCAACUUUCCAAGGUUUCCAUGCAAAAAAGUCAUUCUUUGACUGCACUUUGCUCUCUCUCUUCCAACACCCUUCCAGUGCAUAUUACAGAUGCAACAAGAAAAAGGGAAGCUGCUAUUAGAAACUCCCAAGAGAGCAAAAAGGAAGGAGACAGAGAAGGAAUUUAUUGGCUAGAGAAACAGAAAAAGAAAUGUCAAGCUAUUCGUAAAUCAGUGAACAGCCGAGCAAAAGCCCUGGAUCCACAUAAAAGUCUGGAUGAAACACACAAGGAGAAGCUGAAACAGAACCGGCAAAAUAUGAGAGAAAGAACAAAGGAGUACAGAAAGGAGCUGGAAGAAAUGCAGCUGCGAGUCAAGAACAGACCGUACCUCUUUGAACAGGUCUCCAAGCAUGAUGCUCGUCAAGGAGCAGAGCGUCGCUACAGACACACCCUCCAGCAGGUUGGGCUGAGUGAAGAAUUUGUAAGAAAAAAAGGGAAAGAUGCUGCUGACUUGUUGGAAGAAGAAUCUGACGUUCACAGAUUGCCCAAGCUUCAGAAUGGAAAGGAUGACUGUACCAUACAGGAAGGAGAACCUCAAGAAGAACAGAAAGGAAAAGAAAUGGCAACAUAAAAUUUAGCAGAAGAAUCCAUCAAUCAUCUCUUGAUUUUUAAUGUGUUCCCACAUUAAUCCUCAGGAAUUUUCUGUUAUAGGCUGACAAUAAUUGUUCUGGGGUAAGUGAGAUGUGAAAACUGAAUAAAGGAGAAAAAGACUGUUGUUUAGG